AUGUCAACCACCAACCGAUCCAACAACAACUCUUUGCCUUUUUUCCUGGUUGGCAUCCCUGACCUGGAAGCUUUCCACAUGUGGCUUUCCAUCCCUCUCUGUUUUACAUACAUCAUGACCUUGCUGGGAAAUAGCAUGGUCCUUCUCGCUGUGAGGCUCGACAAAAGCCUCCAUGAGCCUAUGUACUAUUUCAUUUCCAUGUUGGCUGUCAUCGACCUCAUCUUCUCAACUGCUGUAGUUCCCAAAAUGCUGGGUAUAUUCUGGUUGGAUUCAAGAGAGAUUGGUUUUGAAGCCUGCUUCAUCCAGAUGUUCUUCAUCCACACAUUCACUGCAGUGGAGUCAGGGGUGCUCCUGGCAAUGUCCUUUGACCGGUAUAUAGCCAUCUGCAACCCCCUGAGAUACACCACCAUCCUAACAAGCUCAAGGACCAUCCAGAUAGGACUGCUGUCUCUGGCCAGGGGAGCUGGUGUCAUGACACCAUUAAUGUGCCUCCUCACCAGCUUACCCUACUGCAAAACCAGAGUCAUCCCUCAUUCCUACUGCGAGCACAUGGCCGUGGUGAAGCUGGCGUGCGCCGACCCGUCUGUCAGCGAUCUCUACAGCCUCAUCGUGGCAACAUUGCUGGUGGGGACAGACUCUGCCUUCAUCACCUUCUCCUAUGGUAUGAUCCUCAGGUCUGUGGUGAGGCUGCCAUCCCACGAGGCUCGUCUCAAGGCCCUCAGGACCUGCGGGUCCCAUGUUUCCAUCAUCCUGCUGUUUUACAUAGGUGGUCUCCUCUCCAUGUACCUGCAGAUGUUCUCUUUCAGCUUGGCACCUCACGUCCAAGUCCUGGUGGCUGAUUUCUAUCUGACAGUCCCUCCCAUGCUCAACACCCUCAUUUAUGGCAUAAAGAUGAAGCAGAUCCAGGAAAGGAUCUUCAAACUGCUGUGUUUCUCAGACCAGUGGAUCUGA